GGGGGGACGCGGGUUCCAGCCCCCGAGUCUCCACCCCCUGCGCGGGGCUCGGGGCAGGAGCCGCUGGGAGCGCGCAGAGCAGCGGCGGACAGCAGGAACCCGCUGCUCUGCAGAGCUCCAUCCGCGGAUACAGCAGAGAGAAAUCAAAGGUAACUUGAGAUUUGGACAUGAUGUGGAAAACACUCAGGAUGGAAGGCAAAGUCCCAUGUCUGCUCCUGCUGGUGGGAGCAGUUAUGACUGCUCAAUGCCAGGGCUUACGCACACGAUUCAAACGGGGAGCCAGGUCCAGAGCCAUUUGCACAGAAAAAUCAUCUGGAGAAAUCUACCAGCACAGGGGGACCUGGCUGAGGCUUUCAGGGAGCAGAGUAGAGUACUGUAGGUGCGACAGCGGUCGGAGUCGCUGCCACACUGUGCCUGUCAGAGCCUGCACUAGAAUUAAAUGCUACAACGGGGGCCAAUGCUCACAGGCAUAUUAUUCCCCACAGCUCUUCAUCUGCCAGUGCCACCAAGGUUUCUCUGGGAAGCAGUGUGAAAUAGAUACUGCAGUUAAGUGCUACAAAGAUGCUGGAGUAACAUACAGGGGUACAUGGAGCACGACAGAGAGCGGAGCUGAAUGUUUAAAUUGGAAUAGCAAUGGCUUGAUGGACAGGAAGUACAGCAGCCGAAGAGAGGAUGCUGCUGAGCUGGGACUGGGCAAUCACAACUAUUGCAGAAACCCAGAUGAGGAUUCCAGACCUUGGUGCUAUAUCUAUAAAGGGGGAAAGUACAUCUGGGAACACUGCAGUGUGCCCUCCUGUUCAAAAGCUGGAAACAGCAACUGCAGAUCUGGAAGAGGCACAGAUUACCGAGGCAGCCACAGUGUUACCAGCUCCGGAGCUACCUGUUUGAGGUGGAAUUCCCGAAUCCUUGUCAACAAGUUAUAUACUGCUUGGAAAAGAGAUGCUUACCAGCUGGGCCUUGGUACUCACAACUUCUGCCGGAAUCCUGACAAUGACAGCAAGCCCUGGUGCCAUGUUCUGAAAGGAAAUCAGCUCACAUGGGAGUACUGCAAUGUGCCUACUUGCUCCACCUGCGGCUUGCGGCAGCGCCGAGGACGCCAGUACAGGAUUAAGGGUGGCUCCUAUGCAGACAUUGCAGCUCACCCGUGGCAAGCUGCCAUCUUCGUGAAGUACCGCCGGGCGCCUGGAGAGCACUUCCUCUGUGGAGGAAUCCUCAUCAGUUCCUGCUGGGUUCUGUCAGCUGCUCACUGCUUUGAGGAAGGCUUUAGUGCAAAUCAGCUGAAGAUUGUGCUGGGGAGAACAUCCCGAGCCACCCCUGAGGAAAAUGAACAGAACUUUCAAGUGAAGAGCUACACCGUGCACCAGAGAUUUGACUCAGAAAACUUUGACAAUGACAUUGCUCUGUUGCAGUUGAACUCGGAUGCAGAGGAAUGUGCUAUUGAAACAGACACUGUCCGUGCUGCCUGCCUCCCAACACCAGCACUACACAUGCCUGCCUGGACUGAAUGUGAGAUCUCUGGUUAUGGCAGAAACGAAGAAUUUUCUCCAUUCUAUUCAGAGCACCUGAAGGAAGGCCAUGUGAGACUGUUUCCAGCCAGUCAGUGCACAACACAGCAUCUAGGCAACCGGACAGUUACAGACAACAUGUUAUGUGCAGGAGACACAAGGAACCUUGAUGAUGCCUGCAAGGGUGACUCUGGAGGGCCUCUGGUCUGUAUGAAGGAUAAUCGGAUGUAUCUCAUUGGAAUCAUCAGCUGGGGAAUAGGCUGUGGCCGCAAAGACAUACCUGGUGUUUAUACAAAUGUGAAUCGUUAUCUGGACUGGAUUCAGGACAACAUGAAACCCUGAGAAAGAAAAAUGAGCUAUCCACAACCUUGUGGCCAUGCCCUCGCAGCUUCCUUCUUGGUGUUUUAAGGAUACUGACAGUGCUUCCCUUUAUCCUAUGGCUUUUCAUACCACAGGAAUGUGUGGGAAGGGCACAUUCUCAAGUUCCUCUCCUUUCCUUGUUACAGGUUAUUGGAAGCUAACAGUCCUUUCUCCCCACAUCCCCAAGCUUUCUCCUUGCAUCAAAUCACAAGUACUAUCAAAUUUAAUUUAUAAAGAGAGUAAGCCAAGAGACGACAUUGUGCAUCCCAUGAGCAGCUAUGUUGGUUUGGGAAGGGGUAUGAAAUGAAGGCAAAGGGGAAUUAAAUUUCCUGAAAACUUAAA